AUGAUUAUAGUAAACUAUAGGCAGAAAAGAGCAUCAGCAACAGCAGUCGAUAUUGAGUCAGAAAUUGAUGAACAUGAAGUACUUGACGAUUAUGAUAAUGAUGGAAAGAGAAAACGAUGGCGUCUGCCGUUCAUGUUAAAAAUAUUGAAGUAUAAUGCACCUGAAUGGUACUUUAUAAUACUUGGUAGUAUAGCUUCGUCAAUCUUGGGUGCAACACAGCCAAUACUUGGACUUUUACUUGCCCAAAUGUACGCACAGUUUGCUCAACCAAAUUUAAAGAAACAAGAACAUGAUGUUCGUAUUUAUCCAGUUACAAUUAUCUGUACGGGUAUUAUUAGUGGAAUUUGUCAGUUGGCUACGAGUUUGUCAUUUGCUAAAUCCGGAGGAGAGUUAACAGCGAGAAUGAGAAAGCUUACGCUUGCAGCGAUCUUACGUCAGGAAAUUGGAUGGUUUGACCUAGAACGAAACAGAGCCGGAGCUUUAAUUACACGUUUAUCGUCUGAUGUAUCAGCAAUGAAGGGAUGGACUGGAAUAACGAUUGGAAUUAUAGCACAAGCUAUAGGAGGAGUAGUCACUGCAGUAGUGAUUGCAUUUCUGAAUAGUUGGAAGUUAGCAUUUACUGUUUUGUGUUUUGUUCCGUUUCUGAUCGCUACUGGCGUGUUGAAUGGACAAAAGCUACGCAAAGCUGGUCAGACGACAAGGAAAGAAAGUGUAUUAGAGGAAAAGGGUGGAGCGUGUGCAAACGAAGCAAUAGAUAAUAUUAGAACUGUGGUUGCACUGUGUCAAGAAAAACGUUUCAUUAGACAAUAUGAGAUGACGUUUGAUAAAGCAUUUCGGUAA